GCAACGAUACCCAGCGCCUCGCCUCCCUGGCGCUCCCUGAAGUAAACUGUCUUUCCGAGGCGAGUCCUAAUCUUGGAAACGCUAAAGGCGGCGCCCUACGGGAGCCGGGCUCCGUGACAUCAGGCGUACACUUCCGGAGCACGGAGGUGACCCGUUGCCCCGCCUUCUUCCACCCUCUCUUUCCGGUGCCGAGUUUGGAGAAGACACGGAGAAAUGGCACCUCGCAAGGGGAAGGAAAAGAAGGAAGAACAGGUCAUCAGCCUUGGACCUCAGGUAGCUGAAGGAGAAAAUGUAUUUGGUGUCUGCCACAUUUUUGCAUCCUUCAAUGACACUUUCGUCCAUGUCACCGAUCUUUCUGGCAAAGAAACUAUCUGCCGUGUGACUGGUGGGAUGAAGGUGAAGGCUGAUCGAGAUGAGUCCUCUCCAUAUGCUGCCAUGUUGGCUGCCCAGGAUGUAGCCCAGAGGUGCAAGGAGCUGGGCAUCACUGCCCUCCACAUCAAACUCCGGGCUACAGGAGGAAAUAGGACCAAGACCCCUGGACCUGGGGCCCAGUCAGCCCUGAGAGCCCUUGCCCGCUCAGGAAUGAAGAUAGGACGGAUUGAGGAUGUCACCCCCAUCCCCUCUGAUAGUACCCGCAGGAAGGGGGGUCGCCGUGGUCGCCGUCUGUGAACAGGAGUCCUCAGAUUACUUUCUGUUAAUAAAUUGUCUUUGUGUGAGCUA